UUGAGUUCUCCAAUGGAGAUGGUCUAGACUCUAGGGUUUGUUCUUCUCGGUCCAAAUCUAAGCCCAAUGAUCUACCGAUAUUGACGAUGCCCAUUACAUUUUACAGUUUCUCGAGGGAAUCGGCCCGCCGCUGCCGAAACUGCUAUCCGUCGCUUGGUUUUGGUCGCUGGACGUGAGCGGAAACUGUGUCGCUUCCAAUUCCGUCAGAUUCGACUUCAGGUGAACGCGUCUGAAUUUAUUCCGAGAACACAAACAGGCUUGUACCAAUGGCUGGGAGAAAUCGGAUGCCCCGCCGUCCUGAUAAUUAUCGAACUGUCCAUGAAGAUCCGCGUCUGAUUAGGGCACCAAUGCCCCACCCACCCUACCCCCGAGCACUAGAGGAAGAACUCGAACUCCAGCAAAGGGACAUUCAGAGACUUCUUGCUGACAACAGACACGUAAUUGACGACAAUGUGAUGCUUCAGAGGAACUUGACUGCCGUGAAAGACGAAAUCCACCGACUAAAUCAAGCGAUUCCUAAAAUGCACGCCGACAGAGAGGCGCACAAGAGGGAGCUUAUGGAUAGAACGCUGAAACUCGAGGCUGACCUUCGGGCUAUGGAUGCUUUGAGAUCCGACGCCGUCCAAUUACGCGCGGAAGCUCAGAAUCUGAAGUCGCAAAGGCAGGAAUUGUCGUCGCAGGUUCAAAAUCUCGGUAAGGACAUCAGUAAGCUGCAAACUGAGAACAAGAUUAUUGCUUCUUUGAAAAGUGACAUUGAUAAGAACAGUAAAGAGCUCCUCGACGCCAGGAGAGUCUUCGAAUAUGAGAAGAAAGGGAAUGAAGAGAUCGUGGAGCAGAAUCGACAACUGGAGAAUACCAUCGUUGCCAUGGCUCGAGAACUCGAAAAGUUACGGUCUGGAUUGAUCAGUGCUGACUCAAGGGCCCGGGGUGUUGGCGGGUAUCCAAUGGCUAAUAGAAGCCCCGAAACACUGUAUCCAGUCCCGGUUUCAGGUCCCGGUCCAGGUCCUUACGGCGACGUAUACAUUCCCCGAUCCUGGGGGCCGUACGAUCAACUCGGCCCUCCGCGACAUUGAGCCUCGACUAUCAUGUAAUUAAGCACCAUAGUUAUAUAUAUAUAUGUUGUCUGAAAACUCAGCCACAAUAAUGAGAAAUGGUUAUUCGAA